GAGCAGGGGGUCUGAAUGAAUGACAGCAUGUAGAUCAUCAGGUUAUCUGUUUCUUGUUGGAGUUACGUUUCUGUUUCAGUUUGACAGACAUUUGGACUGUGGAUUUUUCUGUCGUUAACCCUUUCGCUGUAACAGGUGCUCAAAUAACGGCACUGCUUGGUCCGUUUUAUUUUUAAGCUAGCUUCUUAGCUUGUAGCAGUCGUUAGCUGCGUUUUGUUUGUUGUUAAGAUUGCUAAGCUAACUUAUCAGGUUAGCAUGCCACUGUAGAAAGCUGCAGUCCCUUAUUUUAACAUGUCCAUCUGAUAUUUUUGUGUAAGUGCUCACACUUAGCUGUAAUAUUGCUUCAGUCCACUCCAAGUCUACCUCAAAGAGAAGAUGGAAGAAAAAACCUUUACCAGUGGAGCUUCCAGACCAGUGACUCCACCAUGUUGUCCAGGUUGAGGACAACUUGGUCCCUGAGGCCCUGUGUCUCUGCUUGCAGAUGGGCACACACCAAAGAGAAGGGCAAGCCCCUCAUGCUGAGCCCUCGCACCAACAAAGGCAUGGCUUUCUCUCUAGAGGAGCGACAGAUUUUGGGGAUACAUGGUCUGUUACCUCCCAAAGUGGAGACUCAGGAACUUCAGGCCAUGCGCUUUCAGAAUAAUCUCAAGAAAAUGUCUGAUCCCCUACAGAAGUACAUCUACUUGAUGGGCAUCCAGGAGAGGAACGAGAAGCUUUUCUAUAGGUUGUUGAUGGAGGACAUAGAGGACCUCAUGCCAAUUGUCUACACUCCAACUGUAGGCCUGGCCUGCACACAUUAUGGAAGCAUUUUUAGAAGACCCAAAGGCUUAUUCAUCUCCAUUCGGGACAGAGGACACAUCCGUUCCAUCCUGGAUAACUGGCCAGAGACUAAUGUUGCAGCAGUAGUAGUAACUGAUGGAGAGCGUAUUUUAGGAUUAGGGGACCUGGGUGUUUAUGGAAUGGGCAUUCCUGUGGGAAAACUUUGCCUAUACACUGCCUGCGCCGGCAUCAGACCUGAGAAAUGUCUGCCUGUGACGAUAGAUGUUGGCACAAACAAUGAGACUCUCCUCAAGGAUCCACUUUACAUGGGCCUGUACCAGAAGCGAGAUAAUUCUCAAGUCUACGAUGAUCUGAUUGAUGAGUUCAUGGAGGCUGUGGUGGACAAGUACGGACAGGACACUUUGAUCCAAUUUGAGGACUUUGGGAAUCACAAUGCCUUCCGCUUCCUCAGGAAGUACAGGGAGAAAUAUUGCACCUUCAACGAUGAUAUUCAAGGCACUGCAGCUGUAGCCCUCGCUGGUCUGUUAGCAGCUCAGAGAGCGAUUGGCAAACCCAUCACUGAACACCGGGUGCUUUUCCUGGGAGCUGGAGAGGCUGCCCUUGGUAUUGCCAAUCUGAUUGUCAUGGCCAUGAUGGAGGGGGGGAUGACCCAAGCUGAGGCCAGAAAUAAGAUCUGGAUGUACGAUAAACAUGGCUUACUAGUAAAGGACAGACCGCAGGAAACAGACUCCAACCAGGAGGCCUUUGUCCAUGACAGUCCAGGGAGUGUAGAGAGCUUCUUCGAUGCUGUCAACACCAUCAAACCCACAGCUAUCAUUGGUGUGUCAGGAGCUGGACGUCUGUUCACCCACGAUGUCAUCAAGGCCAUGGGAACCCUGAACGAACGACCAAUCAUCUUCGCCCUGAGUAACCCAACCACUAAAGCAGAGUGCACAGCAGAGGACGCCUACACGCUCACUGAUGGUCGAUGUCUUUUUGCCAGUGGUAGUCCGUUUGAUCCAGUGACUCUGAGUGAUGGUCGCAUCAUCACUCCUGGACAAGGCAACAAUGCUUACAUCUUCCCAGGUGUGGCCUUGGCUGUGAUACUGAGUGGAGUGAGGCACAUCAGUGACACAGUGUUCUUAGAGGCUGCUAAGACCCUUUCAGAGCAGCUGACAGAUAAAGAGCUGGAUGAAGGCAGACUCUAUCCUCCUCUCUCCAACAUCAGAGAGGUUUCUGUCCAGAUGGCUGUCAAGGUGGUGGAGUUUGUCUAUGCUAACGGCAUGGCGUUCCGCUACCCUGAGCCAGUGGACAAGGAAAGCUUUGUACGUGCCACUGUGUGGGAAACCAACUACGACUCCUUCUUGCCAGACACCUACGACUGGCCAGGUGUCAGCUUCAGCCCCAAGACUAACUAGAAUUAGACCAGAACCUCACUGUGCCCUUUGUUUUCCAUCUUACUCUUAUGCACAGAUCUAUUUAGGUGAUCAAAAUUAUCUUAGUGCAAACAUCUGCUUGUGAAAAAAGUCAGUGGAAUUCAGUUACUGCUGCCACGUCACUGCAUUUGCACUAAACUGAAGGCUUUUCUUAUCAGAUCUGUGAAAAGGUAGAGUGGAAAGAGGCAUUUUAAAGAGGAUAUUUGAAUGGAAAUGGAAAUGUUCACAUCCGAGCUCUUUAUCACCUCAGCAUCACAUGUAAACCUGCACCGAACCUGGAGUGCCACCUGGUGGUGGGAAAAGGCAGUGUGGAAAUCUUGUUUAAUUAUUGAAACCUUAAGAUACAGAUUCUGUUUUGGCCUGUUCAGGGUUUAUCCCAGCUUUCGCCCUAUGAUAGGAUUGUUGAUAAUCAAUGAAUGAAUUAGUGAAUACACUCAAUACUCUACAAACCAAAACAGCAACUGCAACUUGCAUCAAACAAUUUGAAUGCCAAGCAUUUGCAAUUGCGUUGUGUAGUAGUGAGUAGUAAACCAAACACUGUAGACUGUCCCUCUGCUCGAGGUUCAGAUGAGUUUUUAUAAGUAGAAAUGACUCCAUGAUUUGUUUUGUGUUUGUGUUAUCAACCCCUAUCUUUUCAUUCAUAAGUAACCUUGGACCCUUUUGUCAGAAAAACACUUUUCUUGUUUUCACCUAUUUAUAAAAAGUAGUCACUCCAUUUGUAAUGUACUAAUACUUUGUUAUGUACACUCCUGAUGCAGAGGUUAUUUUGUGCUUAGCACUUACAGUAAUUCUGACUAUGUGUACUGUAGAGAUUGCCAAACUUAAUGCACAUUUAUUGAUAUGUAUUUCUGACAUUGCCUUUUUUCACAUCAAGUGGGCCUCUGGUGGCUUCACUGAUCCAACCUGUACCCGGUGUAAGACUCCUUUUUAACCUCUGCUUAAAUCGGGCUACAUGGUUAUCAGAAAAGGUGUAGUAGAGCAGAGGGUUAAAGUGCUCAACCUUGGUGUGCAAACUAAGAAAGGAAUUUAAUUGUUUUAAGAAACAAUUAAAAAGACCUCGGAAAAUUAGAUUUUUUUAAGGGAAAUUAAAUGACAAUAAUGUUUAAAAACAUUUCAGAAACCAACGUCCACUCCUGCAUUGUAUUUGUUUGAAUGCUUUUGCCACAUUGUAUUUAUUUCUCUGAUUUUACCUUAUUUAAUGAGGGUGUAUUUAUGUUUUUCCCUUGUACUGUAUAUUCAUUAGAAACCCCGUUGUCAACACUCCUUUAGUGAGCUGUAAGGUGAAUCCAUCCCUAAAAAUACCCCUUUAACUGAAGAUAAACUAUUCCCUAAAUAUUGAAGGAAACAAUUUGCAGUGUUGAAUGAUUGGAUAAACAGUUUAUAUUUUAAUUAUAUUUUGUGUACUGUCUACUUAAAAGAGUGUUCAUAAAGUUGUGUUAAGUACAUCAACGUGUGUUUCGGCAGGUUGUUUGUGGGUUUCACUCCUUGAAACAACAGGACAACAAAUUUACAGGCUAGGCUUCAUAUUUACUGUUCUGGUCUGUUGUGAUCAUUAAUAACUGUCACAUUAUCUCAGAUUAACACAAGAAAUAGAGAUGAAAACUCUACCUUAAGCAAGUUUAUUUUUAUGGCACCUUUCAACAAGGCAAUUCAAAGUGCUGCAAAUAAGACAAGACCAAUAUUUAAAAGACAAACAUAAGAAAUAAAUAAAUAGUACAAUGCAUAACAUCUGAAAAAUGAAAACUGAUGACGUUCAUGUCCCAAAGACAGGUAAUGCUGCCAACAAGAUAAUAAGAUAGUUACUGGCAAAUUAUUCCAUUUUUUAUGAAGAAAGCGAGCAAUGCUAGUACUUCUUUUUGAUGCUGCAGGUCUAAGUUUUGAGUAAAAUCCAGUGAUCUACUCCCAGCUAUAUACUUGAUUAAUAGUUACAGUUACUGCAGAGCACAGAAGCAGAACUUGGGCAUUCCUCAAAGUUAGAUACCCCAUCAACUAUAUUCCAGUUAUAUUUUCACAAUAUUUCACAUAUUUAUGUCUGUAACAUCUAUAACAUUUGCAAUUGGUCUUACACUAUCUCAGUGAGAAAUAGGACUGGCAGUCAGCCUGCCAUGGUUGUCCUUAAGAUGUAGACCUUUAUAUUUUUGCUCUGCUGCAGUCUAAUAAAGUAAGUAAGUCAAAUAUCUAAAAUUAUGUAUUUUUAAUGUAAAAUGUGGGAAUUGACAAAACUAUGGACACAAACACACCCUCACAGCUAAAAAUCUAAGUCUGGUAGUGUUAAUGUAACUGGUUAAUUUUUCUAUCCUAUUUUUGUUACACUGUUGUCAAGGGCAUUGGUAGUAUCAUGCAUUAGUCUUAAAAUACGUUUAUAGAAAUGAGGCCACCGUGUUAAUUUUAAUCUCAGGAUACUGUAUUAGGACCUUCUGAUCACCUGCACUGAAGUGCCUGCAUCAUGUUCAGUGUCCUUUCAUAACCACUUCAUGUUCCAUGAUGUAGACCUCACAGCAUGCUGCAGGUAGAGCUGAGAAACAACACCUCAGCACUGCUAAUACAAAGAAAAAAAUGCUGUUUGUCUUGUACCAAAUAAUGUAAUUGUGUAGUAUUCAGUGUGCAGCUUUUCCUCUGAUAGACUGUGCAGCUUCAGAUUA